AUGGCGUCACCGCCGCACUCCUCGUCGUCCUCAAUCACGGCGACCGAGGCCGACGUCGAGGCCCAGAAGCCCGUCAGCAAGGCCAACUACUUCCACCACCUCUUCGACCAGGCCGGUGUCACAGAGGCCGUCCUCGAGAACAAGUACCCCGGCGAGGGCACCGACGACGCGCCCUAUGUCGUCGACUUCCUCCCCGGGGACGAUCGCAACCCCCAGACCUUCCCCAAGUGGAAGAAGUGGACGUACACCCUCGAGCAGGCCGUCGCCACCCUGGCCGUCGCCUUCGUGAGCACGGCCUACUCUGGAGGCAUCGGCUCCGUCAUCCGUGACUUUGGCGUGUCCACCGAAAUCGGCAUCCUGGGCGUGUCUCUGUUCGUCGUGGGCUUCGCCGUCGGCCCCCUGAUGUGGGCUCCCUUGUCCGAGCUCUACGGCCGCCAGUUCCUCUUCAUCGCAACUUACACCGCACUGACGGCCUUCAACGCCGGUGCCGCCGGCGCCACGAACAUCGAGACGCUCAUCAUCCUCCGCUUCUUCGCUGGCACCUUCGGUGCCUCGCCCUUGACCAACGCCGGCGGCGUCAUCGCCGACAUGUUCAGCGCCGAAGACAGAUCGUUUGCGACCGCUAUAUUCGCCUCGGCCCCCUUCCUGGGACCCUCGAUCGGUCCCAUCGUUGGUGGCUUCCUCGGUGCCGCCGAGGGCUGGCGCUGGGUUGAGGGCCUGAUGGCCAUCUUCACCGGCACGCUCCUCAUCAUCGUCGGCCUGACGGUCCCUGAGACCUACGCCCCCGUGCUCCUCCGCCGCCGCGCCGAGAAGCUCUCCAAGAUCACCGGCAAGUCGUACAUCUCCAAGUAUGAGGCCCACCAGCCGCGCAAGACCGUCGUCCAGCAGUUCAAGGUCGCCCUCUCCCGCCCCUGGAUCCUCCUGUUCAGGGAGCCCAUCGUCCUCCUGACGUCCAUUUACAUGGCCAUCAUCUACGGCACCCUCUACAUGCUCUUCGCUGCCUUCCCCAUCGUUUUCCAGCGCUACCGCGGCUGGUCCCCCGGUGUCGGCGGCCUGGCUUUCCUGGGCGUCGCCGUCGGCAUGGUCGCCGCCGUCACCUACACGGCGUUCGACAGCCGUCGCUACGUUAAGGUGUCUGCCGCUCACGGCGGCUUUGCUCCUCCCGAGGCCCGCCUGCCCCCCUCCAUGAUCGGCGCCUGCCUCCUGCCCAUCGGUCUCUUCUGGUUCGCCUGGACCAACGGCAUUGAGAUCCACUGGAUCGUCCCCAUCAUCGCCUCGGGAUUCUUCGCCGCCGGCUUGGUCCUCGUCUUCCUCGGCCUGCUCAACUACCUCAUUGACUCGUACGUCGUCUUCGCUGCCAGCGUCCUCGCCGCCAACGCCGUCUUGCGCUCCCUCUUCGGCGCCGCCUUCCCGCUAUUCACCACGCAGAUGUACGAGCGCCUCGGCAUCCACUGGGCCUCGUCCGUCCCGGCCUUCCUCUCCCUCGCUUGCCUGCCCUUCCCCUUCCUCUUCUACAAGUACGGCCACGUGAUUCGGAAAAAGUGCGCUUUCGCCGCCGAGGCCGCCGCCGUCUUGGAACGCAUGCGCCAGACGAACGAGGAUGUCAACGAGGACGAGGCCAUGGCCGAGGAGGAGAAGAACGAGCGCGCGCGCGCUGGGUCCGCCAACGGCGCCGGCGUGCUGUCGGACGACGAGCGCACCGUGCAGGACGAGCCCCGUGAUGACGAGGUCGCCCGCAAGGUGCAGGCCUAG